UCUUCUCCUAAUGACUGCACGACCGUACCAUUUGCGCACCAACAAGCUUUCAAGUCCGCUUGGAAUCGAUGCAUUCCCCGUGGAAUUCAGUUGGCAGCUAACAGCUAAGGAAGGCUUUCAUAAUGUCAUACAGUCUUCCUACGAACUCCAAGUUUCCACGUCGCCAUCCUUCGAAUCCGAAAACAUCGUUUGGGACAGCAGAAAGAUAGCUACAAGCAAAGAUUCAUCCCUCAGCGCCAUCUACGCGGGCGACAGUGUGAAAAGUCGCACUCGGUAUCAUUGGCGCCUCCGCGUAUGGGAUCAAUCCGACGAGCCCAGCGACAAGAUCUGGGACACGGCCAAGCAAGCAUGGUUCGAAACAGGGCUGUUGGAGCCAUCCGACUGGAAAGCGUCCUGGAUCAGCGCUCCUGUGAUGACAUCAACCGGGAAUUCGAUAAAAGAUGGCAGAGUCAUAUACCUCUCUAGCACCUUACAGCUCGCGCAAACACCGGUCCGAGGACGGGCUUACGCAACAGCUUGUGGAUGGUACAAGCUUUUCGUCAAUGGGAACAGCGUCACCGGUACGGCGUUGGUGCCACGCUGGACGCCUUUUGACCAGUUCACCGAAUAUCAGACUUACGAUAUCGCAAAGUAUCUGAAGGCUGGGAAGAAUGUGAUCAGUAUAGUUGUUGCAGAUGGGCGGUUCCGAGGACAGAUAGGCGUCACCGAAGGGCGCUGUCGCUACGGAGACCGGCUCUCUGCACUUAUGCAGCUCGAGGUGGAUGCAGGUGAUGGAGAAACUGUUACAUUUUGUACAGACGAGACGUGGAGGUCACCAAAGGGUUCCAUCGUUCGAUCAGACCCCGUAUGGGGCGAACACACUGACUUUCGAAUCGCUGACGAAUGGCUGGGGAAAUGCGAUACUGAGUCUUUGGACCGUGCCGAAGAGGUCUCGGUUUUGACGAAGAAGCUAAUUGCAGAAGAAGUUGAACGCGUCGAAGAAGUCAUGCGCUUGCCACCCAAGACUAUACUUCGUGCCCCGUCAGGCGCACAAAUAGUCGACUUUGGACAAAACUUUGCCGGCAUCAUGGCACUCAAGCUCCGUGGCCAAGCAGGCUCCAAAAUCACCAUAACAUACAGCGAAGUCCUGUCCAGCAAUGGAGAGCUUGAUAUCAGUUACUUGAAGCUUCCCAUAGUUCCGCACAUCGUACAGCGGGACGUCGUAACCCUUGGUGACAACGAAGCUGAAUUCCAGCCCUGGUUCGCCAUCCACGGAUUCCGCUACGCUGAAGUCCAAGGCUUGGACUACGACCUUAGUCCCUCUGACGUCGAAGGAAUCGUCCUGGCUUCCAACAUUCCAAAUACAGGAUCUUUCAUCUGCUCAGACGCCCGGUUAAACAAGUUAUACCAGAAUAUUGUUUGGACUACCCGAGCCAAUUUUACGGACACCCCGACUGACUGUCCGACGCGAGAGAGAAUGGGUUGGACGGGAGACAUUCAAGUAUUCACUCCUACUGCGACCAUGCUGUUCGACUGUCAGACUUUCCUGCGUCGGUACUUGCGUUGCCUGGCUGCGGAGCAACUUGCUGAUGGUAGCAUUCCAUCGUACAUUCCCAGCGCUGGAUCACAGUUCAGUAGCGAGCUAUCGUUGACGACGAAACUGAUGUCGGGAUCAACUGGAUGGGGCGAUGCUUCGACAAUGGUGCCUUGGGCUCUGUAUCAACACUACAAUGAUGACGUAGUCCUCUUACGGCAGUACGAUAGCAUGAAGAGUUGGGUGAACAGCUUGGCCCAUCGAGCACGAGAAAAGAUGAGCUGGAGAAGAUGGUUCUGGACCAAACUCGGUGCUGGAUGCGGCGAGCUCGAGCAGUACAUCUUGGAUACCGGCUUUAGCUAUGGUGAAUGGCUCCGUGUCGGAAGCGGUGUUCCCACAAUCAUCAAGGACGUCUUGUUCCCCAGCGCUGCUAUCUCUACCGCUUACCUAGCUCACUCAUCUCAUCUGCUUUCCAACAUCGCCAAUAUUCUUGGCAAACGGGACGACGCUGAAAACUAUCUCACACUCUCGGAAAAGACAUGCGAAGCAUGGCGCACUGCUUUCGUCCAACAAAACGGUGCCCGCAUCGCAUCCGACUACCAAGACGACUACCUCCGCGCCCUAGCCUUCAACCUCAUCUCACCAGAGCAAAAGCCCGCCGCUCUCGAACGCCUCGUAGAACUCAUAGCGCAAGCCGGCUACCACCUGAAAACCGGUUUCAUGAGCACAGGGCUGUUACUCCCCGUACUUGCCCAAUACGGCAGGACAGACACCGCAUACCGCGUGCUACUACAAGACACAGUGCCCUCAUGGCUCUAUCCUAUCACAAAAGACGCGACAACGCUCUGGGAAACGUGGGAAGGCUACGACGGCAAGGGCAACGCGAAGAUGUCGCAUAAUCACUAUGCGUUUGGUACUGUGGCGUCAUGGUUGCAGGAGAGUGUGGCGGGGCUGAAGGCUGUUGAGCCCGGCUAUAGGAAGAUUAGGGUUGAGCCGCUAGUUGGGGGUGGGUUGACCCAUGCUAAAGCGACGCUGGAGACGCCGUUGGGGUUUGCGAAGAGUGCUUGGAGGAUGGAUGGGGAGAAAGGGGUUGUGAGGUUGGAGGUUGUGGUUCCGCCUUGUGCGACGGCUGAGGUGAUGUUGGAGGGGGGGAAGGUUGAGACUGUGGGGUCUGGGACGUAUUCCUUUGAAUACAAGGUAGAUUCAUAGCGGUCUGGCUUGAGGAUAGGGCUCUCUGGAUACUCAGCUGGGAUCACGUGUAUCCGAGGGGUUCCGAGCGCCAAGACAGGGGCUUGAGAACACCAAAUCUUUCCCCCAAAUCAUCUCAGCUCUUCUUCACAAUCAUCCUCACGUUUACUGAUCCUUAU